AUGGCUACAACCCACUCGAGCGACGACGAAGAGCCGACGCCAGGCGCGUUCAUGUGGAUCGAAGGCGACUCGCUGGCCCCGCCGUGUCAGAGCGACCGCGACGUCGUGUCGAAGAUCGUUGAGCUCGCGCACUUGACCCCCGACGACGUGCUCUUCGACUUGGGCUGCGGGGACGGGCGGAUCUGCAUUGAAGCGGCCACGCGCUUCGGGGCGCGUGCACGGGGCGUCGAGAUUGAAGCGUUCCUCGUCGAGCGGUUCCAGCGCCACAUUGCCGCCCACAACGUGCAGCAGCUCGUGAGCGUCGCGCACGGCGACCUGCUGGUCGAAGACCUGUCCGACGCCACUGUUGUUGUCACGUACCUCUUGCCAGAGGCACUGGAGCAGCUCUCGGCCAAGUUGAUCGCGCUCUUGCACUCGUCGGACAAGGACGUGCGGGUCAUCUGCAACACGUGGGGCAUCCGGGGCCUCGUGCCGGACGAGCGCUACGACGCGGGACCGUACAGGAACGUGCCGCUGUUCGUGUACCGCAGCCGUAGAGCUCGUGGACCCGACGAGAGCGCGAUCGACGAGCACGAGAGCUAA